AUCGGGGGGAGAAGGAGGAGGGUCAGGGAGAGGGUGGUCUGGCGCCGUCCUCAGCGGGCUGCAGCGGUGCUUCCGGUUCGAGGAUGGGCCCCGGGCCCGACUCUGGCAGCAGCGCUCCUUCUUCGGUACCCCAGUCGUUGGCUACCUCAAGGGACGACGAGGACGACGAGGACGAGGAAAGCAGCGGUAGACGGUCCAAUGGCCACGGAGGUUCGAGGUCGUCAGAGAUCUACCGUCGACGACGCGCUUCUUCGUGCCAAGAACAAUCCUUCGAAACGAAGGCGACCGCCGGUCCAACACUCGCAGCUACAUCGACCACUUCGGAAUCGCUGGAGAGCUACGGCCUCGAUACAGAGAUACCCGCCGCAGCCCGGAGACCCCGUAGCACGAGGGGCUCGCAAAAAUGGAGUAACGUACGCGCGGUCAUGGCGUUAUAUUCCUCUCUACGCAAAAUCAAGAGAACGAAGAGCAAUCAGCGGUGGAUGAAACUGCGGACGACGGUGCAGCUGUCCUCGGCGAUCUCCACGAUACAGAAGAAGCCGCCGCUCAAGCGCGAGGACUCGUUUCUCAAGAGGUUCUCCACCAGGCAGAUACCGGAGAGUCAGGAGACCCUCGACACCGGCGAAGGCGAAGGCGACGCGACCGACGACAAGGAGGCCGGCGGCCGGCGGCGCAGGAGGCCCCGCAAGCCCCAGAAGCCGCCCAAGACCGUAGUGAAUCCGGACGAGAACUUCUACUAUUACUGGCUGAUGCUGCUGUCGGCCUGUGUGCUCUACAACUUGUGGACGCUGAUCGUGCGGCAGAGCCUGCCGGAGCUGCAGGCGCUGGCGCCGGCGGCCUGGCUCGCCUGCGACGGCUUCACCGACCUCGUGUUCUUCCUCGACGUGGCGGUGCAGUUUCGCACCGGCUACCUCGAGCAGGGCCUGAUGGUGUACAACAGCCGGAAACUCGCCGGCCACUACCUCAAGUCCAAGUCGUUCGUGCUCGACCUGCUGGCGCUGCUGCCGCUCGACCUGCUGCAGAUGAACCUCGGCAGCAAUCCGAUGCUGAGGUUCCCGCGCUUCCUCAAGAUCUACCGCGUGUACAAUUACUACUACAUGGUGGAGUCGCGCACCGUCUACCCGAACCUCUGGCGCGUGCUGAACCUCAUUCACAUACUGCUCAUACUGGCGCACUGGUUCGGCUGCUUUUACUACCUGCUGAGCGAGACCGAGGGCUUUCAGGGCGACUGGGUGUACCCGUACCGGCCCGGCGAGUACGCCACCUUGACCAGGAAGUACCUGGGCUCCCUCUACUGGUCCACCCUGACGUUGACGACGAUCGGCGAUCUGCCCACGCCGGAGACCAACGCCGAGUACGUCUUCACGAUAGUCAGCUACUUGAUCGGCGUCUUCAUAUUCGCGACCAUCGUCGGCCAGGUCGGCAACGUCAUCACCAACAGGAACGCGAAUCGCCUCGAGUUCGAGCGGCUCUUGGACGGCGCCAAGACCUACAUGAGGCACCACAAGGUGCCCGGCGGUAUGAAACGGCGGGUGCUCAGAUGGUACGACUACAGCUGGUCGCGCGGCAGAAUUCAGGGCGGCGGUGACAUCAACACCGCUCUCGGUCUACUACCGGACAAGCUCAAGACCGAGCUGGCGUUACACGUGAAUCUCUCGGUGCUGAAGAAGGUCACCAUUUUCCAGGAGUGCCAGCCGGAAUUUUUGCACGAUCUCGUCCUGAAGAUGAAGGCCUACAUUUUCACCCCCGGUGAUUCGAUAUGUCGGAAGGGCGAGGUCGCCCGUGAGAUGUUCAUAAUAGCCGACGGUAUUCUGGAGGUGAUCAGCGAAACUGGUAGAGUUCUUACGACAAUGAAGGCCGGAGACUUUUUCGGCGAGAUUGGUAUACUCAAUCUGGACGGAUUGAAUAAACGCACAGCCGACGUUCGCUCGGUGGGUUACUCCGAGCUAUUUAGUCUUUCGCGGGAGGACGUUCUGGCCGCGAUGAAGGACUACCCAGAGGCGCAGGAGAUCCUGCAGAACCUCGGGCGAAAGCGGCUGAUGGAGGCGCAGCGGGUAGCCCGGGCGGCGCGCCGGCCUACAUCUCCUGGCCACGACUCGUCCGACAACAGCACCGGCAAGCGGAUCGUCGACAAGCUGAAGAGCGACGUGAAGGGUCUAAAGAACGUGCUGAGGAAGAGCAGACGCAACACCAGGCCCGAGGAGAGCCUGGAGCUCCAGCCGUUGGCGCCCAAGUUUCCAACGCUGAAGAGGCAGCAGAAGAUCGACGAGAGUCAGGAUCUCUGCCUGCCGAACAGUCAAGAACCGCCAGUGUCGCCGUUGGGGGCCGGCCUGCCUCUGCUGUCUAGGCUCAGGCUGCUGAAGGAGAAGGAGGAGCGGGAGGAGCGGCGGAACCUGAUGGACAUGUCGAGUCAUGCGGCCGAGCCGCAACCGCCGCCACCCGAGUCCUUGAACCCUACCAACCCGAACCUGCCGUUCUUGCAGAGGAUACUUCUGCUGAAGGCGAAAAACGAGCAGGAGGCCCAAGCGGAGAAGGAAACACUCACGAAGGAACCGUUGCUGCCGAAGAACACGAUCCCCGAGGAGACCUCGCAGAUCGAAGAGGAGCAGUCGUCGUCGGGUAGCCAAGCCGUCGCGACCAUCACCUCGGAGACGGAGACGCGAGCGCCGCUGAUGCACGCCAAGAAGCCUUGGGCGAUGCUAAAGAACUCGCUCAUCAAAAAUAACUCGCCGCAGAAGAGUCCGCCGACCAGAAAGCUGCAGCAGACCAAGAUGUACGCUUCCGUAGACGACCUGUCGCCGGAGUACUGCGGCUUGCCGUUCGUCAAGAAGCUCAAGAUCCUCAACGAGAGGCAGAAGUUGGCCGAGCUGGAGAAGGCGGUGAGGAGCUCGUCCCUCGACUGCGGCGAGAACGCUGAGCCCGAGUUUGACGGCAACCUCACGAGGAGCCACUCGGAGGCCUGCGCCAUCGAGUACGCCAGGAAGCUGGCCAAGUUCAAUCAGGAUCGGCAAGCAUCCGCGAGGAUAUCGUCAGUGGAGCAGCUGUCGCCGGAGAACGAGACGCUGGAAAGGCGGAACUUGAAGAGUAUCCUGAAGAAGCUGUCGGCCAGCAGUCGAACCGGCAGCUCCGAGACCUCGGCGACCAGCACGCCGGAUCGCGAGGCCGCCACCGCCGAGCUGAAGAGGCUGAUGAGAGCGCCGACGAUCGAAGGCUACGCCGCGCGGCACUCCAAGCUGUCCAAGAGCGUAACCUUCAACAAAUACACGCUGCAGAGUCCGCCGUCCGAGCAGGCCACCCCGCAGCCCAACUACCCGCUGUCCGAGCCCCAGGAUCAGCCGCCACUGCCGCCGCCCAAUAAACUCAGUUUCCGUCCUGUGGGCAAUGUCGGCGUCCUGCAAAUGGUGCCACGGCCGAGGGAGGAGGAGUGCCUGGGCGAACUGCUCUCAGGAAUCAGCGAGGUCAUUAAGGCGGGCCUGGAGAAUAUGCAAAUUAAGUUCGAGCAGCAGUUCACGUCUCUGGAGCUGGAGGUCCGCAAGCGCGAUGAGAUAAUAUCGCAGCUACAGACGCGGAUCCAGGAACUGGAGCGACGGGAGUCGCACGACGGCGACGACUUCGGCGGCGACAGCACCGAACACGACGCCUCGUUGGAGGAGGACCUGGACGACGACCGUGAGGAUCACCCUUUCAUGCGGGACAGCUCCGUGGACACCGUGCUGACCACUCGGUCGCACGAUCGCCGCUCAUCUUCGUCCCUGGGCUCGAGCUCACGCAGCAGAAGGUCGUGGGAAGAACAUUCGGAGAGAGAGACGUUAGAGCUGCAGGAACUGCCGAACUCGAUAGUGCCGCAGAGACUGCUGUCAUCACGGGAGGACGUAGCGAUCGACCUGGAGUCAAACAGCGACAGCAGAUCGGAUGAGGAAUUUGACGUCCGACAGUGUCGUAAGGGCGAUAGCGACGAGGGCGACGAGGAGGACGAUGAGGCGGCGGAGGAGGAGGACGAUGAGGACGAAGACGAGGACGACGAUGACGAUGACGACGACGACGAUGACGACGACGAUAAAAUCGUGCGGCAAGACGGAUACAACAAUUGGGAGGUCGCCCUGUUGGCGAAGCAGCUCGAGGCGAGGAGAAAGAGCGGCGACAAUGCCGGUAGCCCGGGUUCCUAGCGCAUUAACGAGAUUCUAGAAAUACUGUGUUACCUCACGAACACGAUACGCUCCGACAGUUGGUGCAAUCCGCUGGCUGGGCACGGUAGUGCAGCUUUUUGCGAACACGAUCAUCGCCCGCCAUCGUAUUCGCAGUUAGACUUCGAUAGUAUGACUAGUCGUAGCGAGACUAUGAUGUAGUCUGGUCGCAGGGUAUGCCUAGUAGAGAGCAGACGUGCGGCCGUUGAUAUCGGAUACUUCUUUUCGGUAUCUCAAUGUUGAAAACAGAAUUUCGCGAGUUUUUACAGAGUAACGUUACAGAGAACCUUUCACUACUACUAUUACUACUACUACCACUAUUACUAUUAUCACCACUACUACUACUACUGCUACCACCACCACUACUAUUACUACUACUAUCAUUACUACUAAUACUGACAUUA